AAUUUCUUGAAUAAGUGUGCCUUAUUGGAAUGAAUUCUACUUAAGAUACUAUUUAUUCACAAUUAUGACUUGAGAUGGACUUUUUUGAGUAAUUGGUGCUCGAGAAUUUCUUAAUGAAGGAAAUGCUUGAGCAUUUCUUAUAUUAUCUUCGGUUAGUUCCGUAUUUUUUACGUUCAAUGAGCCAAUCAGAAAUGAUUUUAAAAAUAAGGUACAAUUUACGUUCAUGUCAAUACCCGUUGGAGAAAAAAUACAUCGUCAAGUUUCAUCAGUUUCUAAUAAAAAAAUACAUAAGAAGAUUUUUUAUUAUAAUGCCUAGUGCAAAAAAACAUUAUAACGAUGUUGAAAAACUUUUUUUUUUUAAACAUAUUGAAAAAGUUUAAACAUGUCAUUGAAAAUAAAAAAAGUGACAGUGCCACUUUAAAAGAUAAGGAUGAAGCUUGGAGAGAAAUUCAUGAAGAACAUAAUUCUUCAUCAGUUAUUUCAACUCAGAGAACUGUCAAACAACUGAAAAAAUGGUGGAGCAAUUUGAAGUCAGAUCAAAGAGAUGCUUUGACCAAGGAAAGACAAGCUCGUAUGGCUACAGGUGGUGGUUCCCCAAUUCCAACGGUUGAUGUUGACCCGGAAAUUGAAAAUAUUGUGCCCAAUCUAAUGACAAGUGCUCCAACACUAUUUUCAUCAAAUAUACCAAGAGAUAAAAUUGAAAGGCGACGAAAUGCUGUUUUAGAUGAUGUAUGUCUUGAAGAAUUUUUAAUAGAACAAAGUGAUGAUAUUAAUAAAACAAAGGAUGAUAUUAAUAAAAAUAUCCAUUAAUUUGUUA